AUACUUUUUUCCUUCACUGUAUGCUUAUAAAAUUAAACAGAAGAUGCAGAUGAAGCAUAAUGUAUACAUGUUCUACAACACUUACCUCCACACAAACAAAUUACGAAACUACCUGUAUCCACACUCUUACCUAAUCCCUUCAUCCUGCAGGAGCCCAACUCGUUUUUUGUGAUGACAAAUUUUAUUGAGACCCCAAACCAGAAGCAGGGGGCCUGCGCAGAGAAUCCCGACGUAGCUCCAUGUAGCUCGGAUACCGACUGCAGGGCUGGCGUCACGGACCCAGAGGGAGAAGGUGUCUUCACAGGCCUCUGUGUUCCAAUUAACAACACAACCAAGUCCUGUGAGGUGAAUGCAUGGUGCCCUUUGCCAAAAGACUCCAAUCCACCCAAACCUGCAAAGAUGAUUGCUGUGGAGAAUUUCACUGUUCUGAUAAAAAACAACAUUCAGUUUAACAAGUUCAACUUCUUCAAGCAUAACAUACUGGGAAGCAACGCAAGCUACCUCAAGUCGUGCCGCUACCACCGACAGAGUGACCCAGAGUGCCCCAUCUUCAUACUUGGGGACAUUGUGUCAGAAGCUGGGGAAGACUUCAAAGAGUUGGCUAUUGAGGGUGGAGUAUUUAGCAUCAUGAUCGAGUGGAACUGCAACUUGGAUUUGAAUGAGCAAGCCUGCAAACCAAAUUACAAAUUCCGACGUCUUGACAAAGAGAAUCGGAAAAAAACUAUUUCACCUGGUUACAACUUCAGGUUUCCUAAGUACUACAAAGACGCAAAAGGAAUAGAGACCAGGACGUUGGUGAAGGCAUAUGGCAUUCGCUUUAUGGUGGAAGUGAUUGGACAGGUGAGUGGUAAACAACAAAUGGGAACCCCUGGGGCUGAGGCUGUUGAACCUAUAGGCUAUUUUACACUGCCCCAUCGAUGUCCAUGUGUCACUUGCGACCUAGCAGGGGGGCAUGGCAGCACUUGCUUCUCAGUCCUACCAGGAAUACACCCAUUGGUGACCUCUAGAUUGCAAGUCCAGUGUGCUAACAAUGACAACAUAGCAGCAUCUGAAAUUAUAAUAUGACUGGGAGAGAAAAUAAAGGAAUUUGAGCAUUGCUCAUUUUGCCAUCCUAUCGUAUCAUAUGAGAUGUAACAGGCAUGGAGUCAUUGGAAAUUUUAUGGAUCCAUGAUAGGCAAAUGUGUGCAUGAGAUCUCUUAACAGGUCAGUGAGGGACAUCUGCCUGACAUGAUCUCAAUGUUGAGCUUGGGAGAGAAGAUGACAACCAGCUCGCGGUAUUUCAUGCUGUGUGCAGAAAGCAAAACGAAUGUCAUCAAAUUGGUGGCAGAAUACCCCACAAAAGGUCCUUCACAGGGCCAAAGUAGUGUGAAUGUCAGCCCGUCGCUGAGAAUCAUGCAGCUGAGCAUUGAGGGCCUCUUAAGUGCGAAAUGCGAUUAUAUCGCGAAGAUUCUCAGGAUUCAAGACACCAACGUCCUCGUGCUGGAAGAAACCCGUCUGGGUUUCUUCCAGAGAGUGCCCCCGCUCGAAGAUAAGUGAAUACACCGUCAUUUCUGCAAGCCACCAUCUGAAACAUGGUCUUGAAGGAUCUGACCCAGGUCAUACCCACCAACUCGCCCCACUACAUUGCCAUCAAGAUCACUGGCAUAACUGUGGUCAGUCUACACGUCUCCAGGUGUUGAAUAUUCGUGUCCGUCGCUACCACCGCUAAAGUCACUCCGAACCAUUCAUGUUGGCAACUUCAAUAGCCAUCGCGCCUUGUGGGGCUACAGCGCCAAUGAUAAAGCAGGUGAGCAGCUGACAUCAUGAGCAGCAGUAGAAGAUCAGCACCUGCUCUCGGAUGCAAAAGAUCGGGGCACAUUCAAGUCAGCACGCUGAAAAGAAUGCUACACGCCUGAUCGAUGCUUUGUAUCUCGGAAUCAUAAUGGUACCUUUGCCGUCAACAGAGAUCAUCACUGACGACUUCAAAUUCGGUCUGUAUUGAUCCAUAUCUGCCGUAAAAUCUCAAUGAUCCACUCUGCACCAAAACCAUGCUGGAACCUGAGAAUGGCUGUAUGGCUGAGUUACACCACGGCCAUGGAGAAAUCUUUUGGAAUGAUCCCUCUACGCCAGCCAAACUAAGAGCGGCUUCACUGUCCUCAUCAAGGCCAAGGUUUCAGAAAAGUAUUUAGGUCUUGUUGGUCUCAAGAAAGUGAACAACUCUUUUGGCAAUUCAGUGCCAAUCAGAAGCAGUAAACUGCAAAAGCCUUGCUUGGAUUGCCGAACUUCGUAAUAAGACAAAGUUGGUGUGAAACAGUUGACACACUUGACUUUAAAAUUGAGCCGUAAAGCCUGGAGCCUCUUAAAGAUGCUGGAAGCAGCAGCCAUGCCAACCUACAAAUCUCCACUAGUCAGCCCUGACAUUGCCGGACAGUUAAUCAGCAACUCACAAGCACCGAUCAAUUAAAACAUAAUACGGCGAGUUUACAAAUAACUCUAUCGCACUCUUGACCUCUGCCAACAAACCUCUACUUUCUCCAGUCCUUUCCCAAUUGAGAAAGAUGCUGGUAUUGCCCAGAUGAAAACCAGUGAAGCCACAGGCCUCGAUUAUAUUUACCCAGAAUUCAUCAAAAACUUGUAACCACGUGCAAGAAAGUGGCUUGCCACCUUCCUUACUGAUAUCCACUCCUCAGGUGUGGUAACAAAGGGGUGGAAAGUGGCUAAGAGCAGUCAUUCUUAAACCCAGCAAGGACGGAUUGCAGGCCAAAAGCUACCACUCUAUCUCUCUCCUCAGCAUCUGCUGCAAGCUAAUGGAGCAGCUCCUGCUCCAAAGGCUGAAGCCUUCGCUUGACAAGAUCGUUCCUAAGGAACAAGCUGGGUUUCAAACUGGCUAAAAUUACUGUGGCCAGGUCCUAGCUUUAGCAAGAUACAUCGAAGCCGGUUUUGAACGCCAGUUCACAACACGACCAGGAUUAAUUGAACUCUCCUCAGCAUAUGAUACUACAUGGUGGAAGGUUCUCCUGCUGAAGCAUGUAACAGCCGUGUCUUGCUGCCUGACUAUCAGACUCAUCACCAAAAUUCUGAGUGACCGAUGGUUCACCGUCCAUCUUGGUGGGGCUGCCAGCAGUCCACAAAGAUUUAAUAAUGGACUCCCGCAGGGAUCUGUUCUAGCCCCAGUGCCGUUCAAUCUCUAUACCAUCGACAUUUCGGCGACAUCCUCCCAUAAGUGAACGUAUGUGGAAAACAUCGCACUGGCAACCCGACCCCGGACAAUAGAAGAGACUGCAAAAGUUCUCGAAAAAGAUGAAGACUUUUGAAGUAUACUUCAAGAAUUGGCGCCUAAAGCCAAACACUCCCAAACGCAUAAAUUCUGUCUUACACCUGAGAAACAGGAAACCCACGAAAACAUUAAUUGUCAAUUUCUAUGGAACAUCACUUUUACACAACUACCACCCACUGUACCUAGAAGUUACCCGAGCAUGAGGGGAAAUUAUCCUGAAACUCGCGGGAACGUGGGGAAGCGACAGCCGUAAGUUGGUGCACUCUACAGAGGAGUACGAUACUCCAGUGUGGAGUGUCAGCCUCACGAAAACCUCGUCGACGUCAAAAAUCAACAUUACACUUCGUAUCAUCAGUGGCACCCAGAAGUCCAACUCCACUCCCGUGGCUUCCUGUGCUGGCGAACAUCGCUCCAGCCAAAAUCCAACAUGAUGCCAUGACGAUCCGGAAGUACAAGAAGAUAGUGGAAAACUUCGCUCCACCAAUACAUAAAGGAACCCCCACGCCCUAGGUGAAUUCCAGUAAGCCUUUCUGAAUACGUGCCUCUGAUCUGGCAGCCAAAUAUAAAGACACCGGUACUCGAUGGUCUGAAUGGGGGGCGGCCACAGACGUGGCAAACAAAAAUAGAGUUGAGAACCCGACCAUGGAAGUACCAGGAGUCUCUCUCACGAGGGCUGUGGACCAGACUGAACCACGCUCUGACGCAGCACAGCAGAUGACAUACAUGUUCCAUUAAUGGAAAAUAAAAGAACCGCCAAACUGCGACUGUGGUAAAACCCAAGCAAUCGAACACAUCACUGACAAGUGCGUCAUCCAUGCACUCCCUGGUGGUAUUGUUGCAAUCCAUACAGCAUCUACUUCUGCCUUGGAUCGGUUAAACGACCUUAACAUUCAACUAGGGCAUCGAUGCAAACUGUUGCUCCCAACCUCCCCUGCCAUACGAAAGGUCGACUUUUAUUACCAGAGGUGCAUUCUUCCAAGUAUGCGACAUGGCCAAAGAUGAUAAAGAACAAGGGUUUCUCAAAUGCUUAUUGUCACGAUGGCAAGGUGUUAACAACCUCACCUGGUACACAGGAGGUCGUGGAUUCAAUCCUGACACCUAUGUAUUUGGAGUUUGCAUGUUC